ACAAAAUACGUUAGUAAUAUACUUCUGAGCAGGCGAACAAAAUAGAGGGAAUAUCAAUAGAGCUCUUCAUAAUGAAAAUGAUAUUAGGAAUGAAGCAGGCGUGUGUAUGUCAGGGUGUUCCCAUUAAACGAAAGGACGAUGGACUCGAAGUUAAAUCAGGGAAUUUAUUUCUGAUCCAGUCCCACCAGGGAAAGUGUGUGAGGAUUCCAGUCCACGUGCGCGUCUAUCAGAGCUGUUUUGAACAUUACGCAAUAGUGAACAGAGACGGUAAAUUCGCCAAUAAAGGCAUCUUUGUGAAUCUGAAAAACUCGACAGUGUUGAGAUCGGAGGCAAGUGACAGCGAGUUUCUGAUGGUCCCUGACAACGUGGAGGGCACGAGUUACACGUUCCAGGCUCCUGGUCCCACAGAGGCGGCCGACUGGGCCGAUGUCCUCAGACCUAGCGUCUCCCAGGGGUCACCCACCCACGGGCAUCCCUCACCCUCGGUUUCCCCCGUGAUCCCACGAAUGCCGCUGAUGCCGACUUUGGCUGAGGAGGAAGAAAGCUGACCUCAUGUGACCUAUCAGACUCGGGAUAUCCGGGUCUUGUUUAUGAAGCAUGUGCAGACUUUCAGUAAACAUGUUUACGAACUGCCGUGAAGCAAUUAAUUGUCCUCUUUCUUCUGGCCGCCUUUAUGCUGAUACAGUGAGUCUGAGUGACAGUAAUGGGGCCAUCGCCAUAGACGAGAUGCACUGGUCAGUGUAAACAAACAAAACGGUGCAUGGCCCUGUGACCUUAGAUGACCGUGUGAAGGUCAACGGACUAGGCCAGUCCUUGUGUGUUUGACCCCAGAGACAGGAAGCUGAUGCUGUGAUAUUAUUGUUGUAUAUUUUUAUUUAUUUGUGCAAUACACGUUUGACGUGAUAUCUCCAUUGUUAAUAAAAUAUUUUUUUU